UUGGAGGAGGCAUUGUUGUGGAAGAUCAGCCAGAUGUGAGUGCAGUAUUAUCUGCCUACAAUCAACAGGGGGACCCGACGCUGUAUGAGGAAUACUACAGUGGAUUAAAGCACUUCAUUGAGUGUUCCCUGGACUGUCAUCGAGCGGAAUUGUCUCAGCUGUUUUAUCCUCUCUUUGUGCACAUGUACUUGGAAUUGGUCUACAAUCAACAUGAGAGUGAAGCAAAGUCUUUUUUUGAAAGAUUUCAUGGGGAUCAAGAGUGCUAUUACCAGGAUGACCUGCGUGUAUUAUCUAGUUUAACCAAAAAAGAACAUAUGAAAGGUAACGAGACCAUGCUGGAUUUCAGAACAAGCAAGUUUGUGCUGCGUAUUUCCCGUGACUCUUACCAACUCUUGAAGAGGCAUCUUCAAGAGAAACAGAAUAAUCAGAUCUGGAACAUUGUUCAGGAACAUCUUUACAUUGAUAUCUUUGAUGGAAUGCCUCGCAGUAAACAACAGAUAGAUGCUAUGGUUGGAAGCUUGGCUGGGGAGGCAAAACGAGAGGCUAAUAAAGCAAAGGUUUUCUUUGGCUUAUUGAAAGAACCAGAGUUUGAUGUGCCUUUGGAUGAUGAAGAUGAAGAAGGAGAAAAUGAGGAAGGAAAGCCAAAGAAGAAAAAACCUAAAAAAGAUAGUGUAGGGUCAAAAAGUAAAAAACAAGAUCCUAAUGCUCCUCCCCAAAACAGAAUUCCUCUGCCUGAACUGAAAGACUCUGACAAGCUGGAUAAAGUAAUGAAUAUGAAGGAAGCUGCAAGGCGUGUGCGUCUUGGCCCAGAGUGCCUGCCCUCCAUCUGUUUCUACACGUUCCUUAAUGCUUACCAGGGUCUGACUGCAGUGGAUAUUACAGAUGACUCUAGCAUGAUUGUAGGAGGCUUUGCUGACUCUACUGUCAGAGUGUGGUCUGUGACUCCAAAAAAGCUACGUAGUGUGAAAACAGCAGCAGACCUCAGUCUCAUUGACAAAGAAUCAGAUGAUGUCUUGGAGAGGAUCAUGGAUGAGAAAACAGCAAGUGAGUUGAAGAUUUUAUAUGGUCACAGUGGACCUGUCUAUGGCACCAGCUUCAGUCCUGAUAGGAACUAUCUGUUGUCCUGUUCUGAGGAUGGCACUGUCAGAUUGUGGAGUCUCCAAACAUUCACGUGUCUGGUGGGAUAUAAAGGACACAACUAUCCAGUAUGGGAUACACAAUUCUCUCCUUAUGGUUAUUACUUUGUGUCAGGGGGACAUGAUAGAGUGGCUCGUUUGUGGGCAACGGAUCACUACCAGCCUUUACGGAUAUUUGCUGGCCAUCUUGCUGAUGUGACGUGUACCCGAUUUCAUCCAAACUCCAACUAUAUUGCCACGGGCUCGGCAGACAGGACUAUACGGCUCUGGGAUGUUUUGAAUGGGAAUUGUGUAAGAAUAUUCACUGGACAUAAGGGACCAAUUCAUUCGUUGGCAUUUUCUCCUAACGGACGAUUCCUGGCUACUGGAGCAACAGAUGGAAGAGUUCUGCUGUGGGAUAUUGGACAUGGCUUGAUGGUUGGAGAAUUGAAAGGGCACACUGACACUAUCUACGCGCUCAGAUUCAGCAGAGAUGGGGAGAUUUUAGCAUCAGGUUCAAUGGAUAACACAGUUCGUCUGUGGGAUGCUGUAAAGGCAUUUGAAGAUUUAGAAACUGAUGACUUUACUACAGCCACUGGACAUAUAAACUUGCCUGAAAACUCACAGGACUUGUUACUAGGUACAUACAUGACCAAGUCAACCCCGGUUGUACACCUCCAUUUUACACGCAGAAACUUGCUGCUGGCUGCGGGAGCCUACAGUUCACAGUAAAUUGGGAAGCUGUAAGACUGACUGUGCCAAGUCAUUGCAGUAGUGACCUCAGGAUGUGAGACAAGGAGCAAUGUCUUGCACAGGUGCAUCUCACUAGUCUGUUGCAGGAAAAAUGAAACUAUGUGAACUAACGCAAGCAGUCUUUCUCAGUUCUGCUAUUUCACAUUUAUCCACAGUUUGAAAAUGCUGGAGAUUGACAAGACAUUGUGGCUGUAAAAGAAGGAAUUGUUCAUGGUGCUUUUGAUA